CUUGUCCGAGUUGACAUUUUGAUCUCACAAACGUCGCGACCAGUGUCAGUGUAUGUUAUAUUUAUUCGGUGUGUUUGUUGACUCCAACUGGAUAUCCUUUUGCUGUGCAUCUUCAUAUUGGAUACUAAUUAUUUAAUUGUCUUAUAAUGGACCCAAGCCUAAGAAUGCAAAACUUUGCAGAACAUGUUUCUAACACUUCCACUAAACCGACAAACAGUCGGAUCCUCUAUGAUAUUCCGUGUAAAGUGUGCAAAGACUUUUCAUCGGGCAAACAUUACGGUAUAUAUGCGUGUGACGGAUGCGCCGGGUUUUUUAAAAGAUCAAUAAGGCGGAACCGCCAGUACAUAUGCAAGUCUAAGGCAGAAGGUGCGUGUCCGGUGGACAAGACUCACCGGAACCAAUGUAGAGCUUGUAGGCUUCGUAAGUGCAUGAUGGCUGGUAUGAACAAGGAUGCUGUCCAACACGAGCGAGGUCCGAGGACAUCAACAGUCCGCCGGCAGUUACAAGGAAUCUGUUACAUUAAAGACAGGUCUGAUUCCAACUCUCCGCCAUUGGAUUUAACGCCAAAAAGAUCACCGGAUUUUAAUACAUCGUGUUCGACUCCACCCAGUAGAUACAUUCCCGACUCACACCUUUAUCUUUCGGCGCUAAAACCAGAGAUAUCUACCGCCAUGCCAAGGUUUUUCAACACGAUGCGUCUCACUCAGGCCGUUUAUGAAACGGCCGCCUCCAUUCUGGUCACAGUAUCUACCGUUAAGAGUUUUCCUGCGCUAAUGACAUUGCCUUUUAUCGACCAGUUCGAAUUGCUCCGAGAGAGUUGGCACGAGCUAUUUAUUUUAACGGCCGCUCAAUAUUUUUCUGAAACCGACAUCUCUUUACUGCACGAAGAGCACAAGUCAAACUUUGGAUCUUAUGAUAUUGAAGAACAGACUAUGCUAUUCAAAGACACGCUAAUGGCCGUCAAACACCGGCAAGUAGAUCCCAUUGAGCAAUAUCUGUUAAACGAAAUCAUACUACUCAAAUCAGAAUCGAUUAAGGAUCGUCGUGGCUGCAGUUCAGAGGAAACCGAAACCAUUCUGGAUGGACUUGCAGUGAAAAGUAAAGAAGCUCUUAGACGACACGUUAACCACGUCCAUCUGGCUCGACCUGACUCCAGGUACGAAGAGCUAAUAGAAAUAUUACCUUGUAUCCGGGCAAUACCGAAAAGUACCGUUGUGGAACUGUUCUUUCGCCGGACCAUUGGUCAAACGCCAAUCGAGCCGUUCAUAUGCGGCACAUAUACAAACUACCUGCAAACCGCUCCACACUUACAAACCAUCAUAAGCAAAGCUAAGAUUUGUCACUGUUUACAGUGAGUCCUUUUGCGCUCGCAUAAAUUUACCAAAGUUAUAUAGUAUUGUAAAUAUUAUUAAUUAAUUAUAUAUUAUAAUUUUUAUUGCCUAUUGUUUGUUUCACAAGACACAGGGUUCGGAAAAUAUAUCUUGUACAAUAAAAUAAAACUGUUUAUAUAACACAUUUUACACAAAUUAUAAUAUGUUAAUUCAAAUUACUGUGAUUGAAUUAUUAUUCUUUAAAA